CGCUUUCUCUAUCUCCCCACUCGCUCGCUUCUCUCUUCCUUCAACUUGGUCUCUUUUGUUUCGCAAUUGCUUUGCUUUCCAUAAACUUCUCUCACGCACACUCCAUUGAUUUCCCGACACACACUCGCUAUUCCUACCAUACAUCAGGAAAGAAACUCGAGUUCGUUGAAACUUGAGGGAGAAAGAUUGCAAUUUGGAUUUCACAGAAGCAGCAGCGAAUUGGAUCAUUUUUGUGAUGUAAUGCAUCAGAAGAAAUCUGAAGUUCAGAUCGGUAAAGAAAGCAUCGGCAUUUCUUUCGAUUUCAAUCCUUCCUUGGUUCACCAGAAACACCAUCAUCAACCCCACCAACUUUUCGCUCAAUUCCUCAACGAGAAUCCUCAAAUUCAAUCUUCUACUGCGCCCUACAAAAGACCCCUUUUGACCCAAGCCUCGUCGUCUCUUUCAAAAUCUCCUAGCUUGUACCGAUUCCCGGCAGCCACAAACCCUCAAUUCAAGUUGCCCCAGUCGUCUUUAGUUUCUAUCUCAGUUGCCGCUCGAAGCGCUGCGUUUCGACUCCUCCGCCGCCUUAAGCACGUUCGCCGCCUGCGAGUUCAUCUACGUGUUGUCUUGUUGUUGUCUCUUCCGUUCUUUUACUUCCUUCUCUCUCACCCUAGUCAUUCUUUCAUUCUCGAUUUCCUCUCGGCGUUUGCCUUCUCCUGUGCGCUCUUAUUCUCGCUCAAUCUUGCUCUUCCUCGUCUACCAUCUAUUCGCCUGUUUCUUUCCCGUUCGUUCCCAAUUAAAUUGAAAUCAUCUUCAGCCAAAUCGAGGUCGCCUUUGCCUGUGUUUUGGACGAUUGGGUCGCGUCAAAAGUCGGAGAAAAGAGCGAGUUCGGGAUGUUGGGUUCAGGUGUACAGCAACGGCGACGUCUAUGAGGGGGAGUUUCAUAAGGGGAAGUGUUCUGGAAGUGGGGUGUAUUACUAUAAUAUGAGUGGGAGGUAUGAAGGGGACUGGGUUGAUGGUCAGUAUGAUGGAUAUGGAGUAGAAACAUGGGCAAGGGGUAGUCGCUAUCGUGGGCAGUAUAGGCAAGGCCUUAGACAAGGUUUUGGAGUGUACAGGUUUUAUACAGGGGAUGUCUAUGCUGGGGAAUGGUCCAAUGGACAGAGUCAUGGCUGUGGAGUUCACACCUGUGAGGAUGGGAGCCGAUAUGUUGGGGAAUUCAAAUGGGGCGUGAAGCAUGGGCUUGGCCACUACCAUUUCAGAAAUGGGGAUACAUAUGCUGGUGAAUACUUUGCUGACAAGAUGCAUGGAUUUGGGGUAUAUCGUUUUGCAAAUGGGCAUCGGUACGAAGGAGCCUGGCAUGAGGGUAGGAGGCAAGGGCUUGGAAUGUAUACAUUUCGAACUGGAGAAACCCAAUCUGGGUACUGGCAAAAUGGAGUUCUUGACGUUCCAAGUACACAGAACCCCACCUAUCCUGUGUCUCCCGUUGGUGUAAAUCAUUCCAAAGUGCUCAAUGCUGUUCAGGAGGCACGACGAGCGGCAGAAAAAGCCUAUGAUGUGGCCAAAGUAGAUGAAAGAGUGAAUAGAGCUGUGGCAGCAGCUAAUCGAGCAGCCAAUGCCGCUAGAGUAGCUGCUGUUAAGGCUGUGCAAAACCAAAUGCAUCAUAACGUUGACAAUGAGAGCCUUCAAAUUCCCGUCAGGUGAGACUGUCAGUAUCAGCCAAGAAGCUUUGAGAUUAUGGGAGAGGAUGGUGGCUACUCAAGUUUUACUGCACUGUCAUAAUCUCAUUGGCAUUUUGCUUUCCUUGAAAUCCGGUCACUUGCAUGUAUAGAGGGAGGCUGAUCGCGACCAUUUGAUUAAAUCUAUUUUCUUUGCUUUUUUCUCCCCCCUCUUUCCUUUACUAUGUUUACUUCAUUUUUGUAUAUACUAAUGUAGAUGCAAGUGCUGGUGAACUGGUGAAAUAUUUACUUAGCUUCUGUUGUAAUGAUGGUGUGCCUGUAAUAAUAGGAGAAAACGUCUCAAUAAAGUUCCAUUUUCCCAA